AUUUUGUCGUGUUAGUCGUGCGAAGAUCUCUUUCAGAUGGAGAUAUGCUUCAACACUCGGCUGUGUUUUCUUUUAUUUCAUGCAUUAUUGGUCACUCAAACAGUCUCCAAAGAAUGUUCAGAAACAUGUGUCAAGCUGGUGCUUGCCAAUAAAAAGCAUAAGGACAAUGUGGUUGAAGUAAACAAGGACAGUUACGUCAACAUAAGCUUUGUGUUAACAACAAAGAAGUGUCCCACCAAGCAGGACUGGCUCCGAGUGAAAAUCUUAAAACCUGGAGAAAGCCUUGGCACACCAAUAUGUACAUUUGUUUUUCAAAAAGGUACUUGCACUACGACAGAUUUGUCUUUGAUGUGCAACUGUUUGUCCGAAGGACAAAAGGAGGGUUGGAUGUACAAAAAAGUCAGUCGAUCGGAGGAUUCGUUUAAACUGGAACUGAGCACCUCCCUUGAAUCUGCAACAACACAGUGCCUGUUUGUAAAUGUUACAGGACACAGUACAGAAGACACAAUGACAUCCGGAACAGUAGAGAUCAUUGGGAUAUGCUGUGCUCUGGGGACCUUCCUGGUUGUCGUGUGUGGUGGUGUCAUCUUUCUGAAAACACGUAAAUAUGGAGGAAACACAGGUAAACAAACUAACCAUGGAGGUGUCAUACGUUACCAGGCAUCGCCGAGUACAGAAACCACUGAAGUGCGACCAGCAGAUCAGGCUGAAUCAUCGGAAGAAACUAAAUACUACGAGCCUCUGUUUCCUAUGGACCUGGUACUGAGAAGUCUGAAGACUCAGUUUAAGAGUGAAGCCUAGUAUACUAUUAUACUUCACAACAACUUGCUCGUCCUGGACUUCAGUAUUAUCCAUAGGACUGAGACAGCAGACACUUAUACUUUAUCAUUAAAAUGAGCGAUGAUAUGGCACAGUAAAACCUGGUUCUUUCUCUCUCUCUCUGUCACAUGUCUUACAUAUAUAUACUUAAAAAUAGAGGAAACGUAAGAAAAAGGCAAGUAUUUUAUUAACAAAUCAGAAUGUGUGUGUGUCUGUGUAUGUAAGUCUAUUUGAAUUAAAGAGAAAAUAUAAUAUAAAAUUGUAAAUGGUAUCUUCAAUGUUAGCUUAUAUUUUUUCAAUGUAUUUUAUCCAAUGUUUCUUUCAUUACCUUGUUUUCUUACUAUUUGCUGAACUACGGCAGUAGAAAAUAUUUGUACACAAAAUAUUGUUAACGGGUAUGCAUAGAUAUGAGUAGUUUUGUACUAGUUCUUACACACUUGGACUAACUGUACAAAUUUUGCAUUUGUAAUGACGAUGUGUAACGAUGAAUUAUUAGUGUUCAUAAGGAUGAUCAAACUUUAAAUGCAAGUAUAUCCAGACACACAGAAACACAAACCAAAGUCCAAGAGACAAAGCUAUAUGUCAAAUAUUACCUUCUUUCUGUGGAGAAUAUAUUAACACUUUAAUAAAUGAAUAUGUACUAAUUAUUCCAGAACUAAUUGCCCGACUAGUCUCUGGUUUCAUUAUUUGUUCUUAUAAAUUUGUAGUCAUUGACAGUGAAGCCAAUGUGUGCAAGUCCCUGCAAAUAAGUAUUCAUACUGAAUACCUAGCACAUCUAUAUGUACAUCCUGAAAUGUUCAAUUUCAAAAUGUUGAUAGGAUUUUAGAAACUAUUUUCUUAAAAGUCUGUAACCUAUGUUUGUUUGCAUGUAAAUAACAUUCAAUAACAUACUAGCAAUAUAACAGAAUUUUUUAAAAUAAUGUAUUGUUAAUGUUUAAUGUUAAUCAAGCAUGCAAUAAUUGGAAAGAAAGAAAAUAAAAAGAAAUA